GUUGUAAUUGUUAAAAUGUAAUUUAAUUUCAAUCCUUUCUAGCCUUUGCAAUUUACUUCCAACUCAAUGGCAUAUAAAGACAGCUCAGAUGUUAGUAAGAGGACAAUUAGGAAAAGACAUUUAGCUGUUAUAAACUCUUUAAAUGUGGUUCCUGGUUUGGCCAGCACCUCACAACUUCAACAAACCUCUGCUAUUUUAAAUUCAUUUGGAGAAAAAGAUCAAAUUAAAAUAUUGAAAAUGUCGAACAUUCCUUCAUCAGUAAUAAGUGCAGAAGAAAUGGUAAGUAUGAAAGCUCAUAUGGGAAUCACCUAUUCAAACAUGAAGAUAAUUGCAAGAUGGCUCAAAACAAAUAAUAUUAAAUGUGCAUCAAACAAAAAGCAACGCAAAGUAGCUAAAUCUUGGUCUGGAGAAGAUUGGGUAGUUUGUAAUGCGCCAUUUAACUUUCCUUUAAAGGAUUCUAUUGAUUCAUUUGAAAUAAAAAAUGCUCCUUGGGGAUACAUUAAAGAUUUUCCAUCUCAUAUAAUAAACAAACUGAACCUGCUAAAAAACAAAAAUUUGCUACAGCAUUCCAAUAUAAAAAAUGAUGAAAUUCACAUUAAAAUUGGUGGUGAUUAUGGUGGUGGAUCCUUUAAGAUGUGUUAUCAAAUCGUGAAUGUUGAUAAGCCGAAUGCCAAGAGAAACACAAGUGUUUUUAGUAUUUUUGAAGCGAAAGAGUACAAACCCAACCUUGUUGUGGGUCUCUCAAGGUUUACACCACAAAUUAAUCAAUUGCAGUCACUGUGUUGGAAUGAGAAAAAAAUAAGAGUAUUUAUAUUUGGCGAUUACGAAUUUUUAUGUUCAGCAUAUGGAAUCACUGGUGCAAAUGGUCGACAUGCUUGCUUGUUUUGUCAUAUAACUCGUGAAGAGAUGAAAAUGAAUCCUUCUCAACAAAAGCACAGUUGCUCCAAGCGUACUCUGGAAACACUUCAUGCAGAUUUCCAAAAUUUUAUUCAAAAAGGUCGAAUACCAAAAUUAGCAAAGACUUGUAACAAUGUCAUUGAUUUGCCACUUUUCAAUAUUCCAUUAACACAAGUAAGCAUUCCAUCAUUACAUAUCUCAUUGGGAAUUUAUCUUAAAUUUUUUAAUAUGCUUGAAGAUGGCUGUCAUCUCUUAGAUGUAAAAAUUGCAGCAAAAAUGUGUAUGACAAAUCAAACUGUAAACAACAGAAAUUUUGAUGAGUAUAUUGCACUUCAAUUAAAAAUAUAUGAAGGAGAAAAAGUUAUUAAUGAAUAUUGUGAAAAAAUAACUCUAAUUCAUGAAGCAAUGGCAAUACAUGUUCUACGUUCUCCUGAAAAUAAAGAAAUUAUUUGUGAAAUAUUUCAGCCCAGAGUAGCCCAUUAUAUGGAGAAGAAAAAUGCUAAGCUGAUUGAAUUAGAAGAGUUAAGAUCUAAAACAUUUGAAAAAUCACAUGGACCACUUGUGAAAAAACUUGAUGAAGUUCUAUGCGGUCUUCAUGUUCAAAGACAAGCUUAUCAUGGAAAAUGUUUUAUUGGGAAUCAUGUUCAUAAAAUGUUGAAGCUAAACAGUAUUCUAGAUCUUUGUAAUUCAAUACCUAAAAUAGUAAGUGAUCUUGGAUUUAUUGGUACAGAUGUUCAUAACGAGGCGAAGGUCUUGAGUAAGAAAUUUGUUGCUUUGUUCUCCAAAUACUCGACAUGCUACAACUUUAUGAAUUCAAGUGAAAUAAUUAACAAGAAUCCAAUAUCAGAAUUAGAAAGAGCCAUUGAUAAAUUAAUGAGUUACUUUCGUAAAACAUGGCCCAAUGAGUCCAUUACUCCAAAAAUGCAUUUGUUAGAAAGUCAUUGUGUUGAUUUUAUUAGAAAUUGGAAUUCGGGUCUUGAUAUUUAUGGAGAGCAAGGUUUAGAAAGCAUGCAUGCCGAAUUCAACAGUAUGAACAGCACAUUUUGUCAUAUGAAAGGAAAGCAAAGACUGAGAAGUAUUUUGUCCAAUCACUAUAUCAAAAACUCUCCAGAAGCUUUAAUAAUUAGACCAACUAUUAAAAAAAGAAAGCCUUAUAAAAGAAAAGCUUGAAACGUGAAACUUUAUAGAUGAAUUUUAAAAUCAAAAAAUGUAUAUUAUAUAACGAUUUAAUUUUUAAGUGUG